AUGGCUGCAACAUCUGUGUACAACCCCCCAGGUUUUGACUUUUCCAACGAAGUCCGCAAUGCGUUCCUCGUCGAUCGCGGCCUCCCUCUCCCAAAGGCGACGAGCACAGGUACCACCAUCGUCGGCUGCCUCUUCAAGGAUGGGAUCAUCCUCGGCGCAGAUACACGCGCGACCGAAGGGCCCAUCGUCGCCGACAAGAAUUGCGAGAAGAUCCACUACAUCACCGAGUCUAUCCGCUGUUGCGGCGCUGGUACAGCCGCUGAUACCGAGUUCACGACCGCGAUGAUCUCGUCCAACAUGGAGCUGCACUCGCUUUCCACCGGCCGGAAACCGCGCGUCGUCACCGCCAUGACAAUGCUCAAGCAAUACCUUUUCCGAUACCAAGGAAACAUCGGCGCUGCGCUUGUCCUCGGUGGCGUCGACGUGUCCGGUCCCCAUCUCUUCACCAUCCACCCACACGGUUCCACCGACAAGCUCCCAUACGUCACCAUGGGCUCCGGCAGUCUCGCAGCUAUGGCCGUCUUCGAGAGCGGUUGGCGGCCGAACAUGACACGAGAAGAGGCCCUCGGCCUGAUCACGAACGCCGUUUCUGCAGGUAUAUUCAACGACCUCGGCUCCGGCUCCAACGUCGACGCCUGUGUCAUUACUGCUUCGCACACCGAGAUGCUCCGCAACUUUGUCAAGCCCAACGAGCGCGUCCAAAAGGAGCGUAGCUACGGCUUCCGGCGCGGCACGACCGCGUGGAAGUCGGAGGAGAUCAGGAGCUUAAUCGUCGACGAGGAUAUCGUGCAUACAAGCGAUGCCAUGGAGACAGACUAG